CUUAAUAAAGGCGGGAAACGAAAUAGAGAGGCACACAGCAGCGGUAACAUUUUGCGGAACAACACUAGAGAACGAUGGACGGAGAUGCCUCGGAAAACGAGCUCCAGAAGCUUCUCGACGCCAUUAAAUCAUCAGAAGUUGUUGAAAGCCGUGCUCAACUAAUUACUAAACUUGGAAAUUUAGACAUAAAUGAGGAUGCUGAACUUAUUUCUCUUUGGGAAUCUCUUACAAUAUUCUGGGAAGACUUUACCUGUCUUGAUAUAUCUCAGUGCAUCUUAAACAAUAAUAUAUUGCAUGUUGCCGCAAAAUACCUAGAUUCAGGCAUAUCCAGAGGUCUGCAUCAAUAUCUUGGUCUUGGGAUGAAGGCAAGUACAUGGUGCAGGAAGCAUUUAAAGAUGACCCUCAUAUCAACUGAGGACUCUCAAGAGGAAGAACAUUUCAGCAUUUUCUUCAAGCUGCUCUUGGAUCUUCUGAAACUCUCUGAUGAUAGUUUCUCAGCUUUGGCAAGAUGUCCUGUCUCCACUUCUAAAGCAGUGUUGGAUAUUGUUGAGGAAUUCAUCUCAGAACAGUUAAGCUUGGCAAAAGAGUGCUUGUCAGAGAUAAAGAAAAUCGAUCCAACUAUUGGCUCAGAAGUACUGAAGGUGGUGUACACCGUCCUUGAUGCUGCCACACGACUAUGCAAAGUCUAUUGCAACAGUGUAAACUGGGAUCUAUAUAAUGAAAGAACAGAGAAAACUAUAGAUCAGGCAGAUUCUAAAGAGCUUAAUGUUGCAGAUCAUACCAUUAAUAUUACAAAAUGUACCAUAGAAAAAAUGUGUGAAGUGGGAAUCCUUGCUGGUAGUGAUGGCGGGAAUCUUGUAAAUUUACUGAACUUGUCGUGGAAAGGUGUGGUCUCAUUGCUUCAGCUUGGCAAGGGGAAGUUAGCAUUGAAGGUGAAUAUAACAGAUAUUAUAGUGUCCCUAAUUAAUCUGGCCAAUGACUCCUUGAGAUGCGCAGCACAGUCUUGGUCUUGUCCUUCAAAAGAAAAAGUUCUAUUGACAGAAGCAAAAAGGAUAUUCCUACCGGUAAAGUUUUAUUUGAUCAAUGCCGUAAGAAUUAUUUCUCACUAUUCCUCCCAAGCAUUUAUGGUAUACAGGGAGAUUAUACUCAGUGUUAUUAUGAUAUCAGCCUUUAAAAUUUCAUUGAGUAGUGAAGAACUCCUGAAAUCAUUAGCUGAAGCUAUGAUUGAACUUUUGGAGCCAACAUCCUUUCAUUUACUUAAUUCUUUGUUAAAUUCAGCUCAACUGGGACAGGAGCACAAGAUCCAAAUUCUGGAAUGGUUGUUUAGUCCCAUAACUAGUUUAAAAAAUAAGCUCGGAGAUCCUCAUGCUAGGAGCAACCAUAUUGACUGCAAUUCAAUGGAUGCAAUAUUUUCUGUCAGCUGUGAUGCCAUGCCCGGGGCUCGAAUAUUGUCACUAGGCCGGAUUUUUUUAUUUCUUGAUCUUUUAAAGGGUUCUCCUGAUCUGGAUGAUGAUUUAAGACUGGGACUUUCCAGUAAGCUCAAAUGGCUGAUUGAUUCUAUAACUGACAAAAACAUUUACUCUUCAAUCCUUGUUUUGCAAAUUCCUGUAUUAUAUGGUUCUGGCCAAUCCCUGGAGUUCUCAUAUCGACCUAUGUUUUUAUCUGUAAUUCAUGCACUGAAAGCCUUCAUGGUUGUGGUAUCCUCGACGCCUGUGUGUACGGACGUAGUAGUUUUCCUGCUUGAAAACAUUGUCCAUCCGCACUUCCUUUGUAGGGAGAUUGUUAUGGAACUUUUGUGCUUCAUGGUGCGACAUGCAGAGACUGAUAUGGUCAAUGACAUUAUCGAUAAGCUUUGUUCACUUUUAAAGGUUGCUACAACUUCUGAAUCAGUUCUUGUCCCUUGUAGUGGUCUACGAAUAUUAGCAAGGUCAAUCUGUGUGCUCCUUGCUCACUGUUCACAGUCCACUGUAGAUCUUGUAUACCAUUCAGUUAUUGAUAGUAGCAGAUCUAAGUCAUCGAGUAUGUAUGCAGCCUUGCUCAUGGAAGAAUUUCCAAUAAAUUUGCUUACUGACAAGGUUAAGAGUGUAGCCAAAGAAAAAAUUAUUACUGAAUAUUUUGGGUUCAUAGAGAGAUUUGCUAAUGAUUCGUUGGGAGUUGGUAUGUCUAGUGUAUUGUAUACACCUGUCUCUGCUCUCUCUGCUGCUUUAAAGUCUCUCCAGGUCAGAAUUUCUGAUACUGACAUGAAGACCUUAAAGUUACUAGUUGCUGUAAUCAACAAAUACAGAGACUCUGAAGGCAAAGUGAAGGACAAUUAUCUACAGCUUUUAAGUGAAAUUCUUGAGAUUAUCUCCAUCAUGAAGCAUGUGUAUGAAUCUGAUGAGAUGGAAGGAAUCGUUAUAGAACUUAAAAACCUUUUUAUGUCUGGCCAAACAGUAUCAGAUGAUAAGCUUUCUCGGUGCAUACCAAAUUUGGCUGUUUUCAUGGCUGGUUUUAGUCACAUUGAAUUGGCAGAAGAUGACGAUUCCUCAAAGAGUGUAGCUGUAUGGGAAUUAUAUAAGAUGCUACUGAGGGAACGUCACUGGGCAUUGGUGCAUUUGGCACUCAAGUCAUUUGGAUAUUUUGCUAGCCGAACUAAUUGUAACCAGUUAUGGAGGUUUGUGCCACAAGAUGCAGCACUUUCAUUCGAUAUAGAUUCAGGCAAGGAAGUAAAUGAAGAUAGAUUUAUGUCGGAAUUGAAACGAUUUCUUGAGAAGGAGACUGCACAUCUUGCAUUCACACCUGCAACUGAUCAGCUUGAGCUACUUGUUGAAGAAGCAAAAUUGCUACUAGAAAACAUGAAGAUGCUGCAUAUUAAACUGGAGGCUAUAAAAUGUGACCAGGUGGAGGUUGAUGAUGGACAACCUGCAAAUAAAAAUAGGGAACUUCCUGAGGCUGUAGAAUGUGACCAGGUGGAGGUUGAUGAUGGACAACAUGCAAAUAAAAGAAGAAAACUUCCUGACGGUAUCGGUAAAGGUGUACAGUUGCUCAAAAGUGGAUUGGAGACAAUAGGUGAUGGUCUUUCGGCAUGGCAGCAAAGUGAUCUUCAAAAUAGAGAGCUUCAUGCUAAGUUUGCAACUCAAGUUGCAAAUCUUAAAGAUGUAAUUGAUCAUCUGGUGGCCCUUUCUCGCUGCACGUAACUUAAAGAUUGUAGUCUACUUGGAAUAAAAUGAAGAUGGACAUGGGGGCUGUGGAACAUCUACAACUCCUUCGAGCAUCAGUGUGACUUCUCUCAUUGUUGGCCUCAGAGAUGGAUCUUCUUGAAUGCACCACAUUCCUACCAUCACCAAUCUCUCUACAUUCGUCCACUCAAUCAACAUAACUUCCUCAUCAUUUUCCACUGCAUCAUUCAACCGGCCUUGUUGAUAGCAAUCCCAAAUCCAAUCUGUCAGUAUCUCCCCUCCACCCUCAUUUCCGAAAUUCUCCACAUUUCUGCGACAACAAAUGAUUUCCAGCAGCAUCACACCGAAGCUGUAAACAUCAACCUUGACUGUAACCGGAGUACUUCUAAACCAUUCAGGAGCAACAUAUCCUUUUGUUCCGCGGAUAGCAGUUUUAGUCCUGCUCUGAUCAAGCAUCAGGAAUUUUGCCAGUCCAAAAUCAGAAAUCCGAGCAUUGUAGUAUUCGUCUAGGAGAAUGUUUUGAGGCUUUAUGUCACAAUGGAUGAUCUGCGUGUUGCAUUCUUCAUGGAGGUACGCGAGGCCUCUAGCAAUGCCUAAAGCGAUAUGAACCCUUUGUGUCCAACUAGGCUUUACCUCCCCGAAAACAAAAUCUGAAAGUGAGCCAUUCACCAUGUACUCAUAAACAAGCAGACGAUUCUCCCCUUCCUCACAGAACCCUACCAGUCUGACCAGGUUCUUGUGAUGAGUCAGGGCGAUCGCGUUAACCUCAGUCUUGAAUUCAUUGUCAGUCUCUUGAGUCACUCUAGCUAACUUCUUCGCGGCAAUUAAGGUCUUUGAAGUUGAUAUCUGCACCAUUCCUUUGUACACUGUCCCAAAGGAACCACUUCCCAGUACUUCUGUAAACCCUUUCGUGGCUUCUGAUAGCUCUUGAUAGGUAAAUGAUCGCAAAUUUGUUUCAACUAUGUCAUUAUCCGGUCUAGUCUUCAGAGGGUUUUUUAGGUAGAUGCCCAAGAACCCUAAACAAGAAGCACCAAUAAUAACAAAAUUGAAAAACACUGAGCUUCCUAAAAGCACUGAUCCCACCAGAAUAAACGUGCCAUGAUCAUCCUUUCUGGAACUGCCCUCGGGACUCUGUGAAGUAUGCUCGCCUUUCUUAACCUUAAUUAAGACAAUACUUUUUUCACUACUGCCUUGCCGCCCAAAAGACAGAGGUAGCUUCUUCUUCCAACAAGUCGGGCCACCAUAAACGACAGCAGCACAAAAACAGUCACUCAAACACGAAUCUCUGCAUUCUUGAUCAGAGAUUCCCUCCAGACGCUCAUAAUCAGACGUUGGCCAAUUCGCAUUGUUGAUUUGUAAGAGCUCGUAUAAGCCCUCAUUAGCCCUCUGUCCAUUAUAAUCAUCACAGCUCACACUAAAAUUCGGCUUGCAGUUGCCAUACUUAUCAUCUGGAUCAACCAACGAAUAGCCUACCGCACAUUCACAAACUGACCGUCCAUCAGCAUUAAGACUACAUAAACUGUUGUACCCACAAGCCCCGCUGCCUAAAUCUGCAGGAACAUCAAGACAAAUAUUAUCAGGCUCUCGCCAGAUUGAAGACCAAUUAGGCGUGCCUGUGAAACUCUUCGGGUGAUAAGAUUGAACAAAAACUCCAUCAACAUUCAAUGUUGCUCUAUGAUAAUACUCUGUAGUAGGAAGAGCCCGAUUAGGCGUCAGAGUGACACGAUCACCGUUUCUCCUCAAAAUAUGCAUGUAGCCUGAACCAUCAAACAAAACCUGGUAACCAGAAUUACUGGCAUUCGAACUGUCAAAAGUUUCACUGCUGUAGUAAGCCUUAUAAGCAUAAUCUGUCAGAAUUUCUCGCGUGUUCAGGACAAGAUUUCCAUCUUUCAGCAAACGCAACUGGAACCUUCCUUUCGAGAAGCUAAUCUGGCUCCUUCUGGAGUAAAGAGCCCCUUCAGUCUGCAUGAUCUGUGUAGGCAGAAGUGUAUCAGUCGGAUAGUCAAAACUCUCCCAUAAUUUAGUAGAAUCGCUGCUCAGAAGCUGAAAAUUGCCAGUAUCAUUGAAAAAGGCCCGCGAAACUUGGCCAGAUAUUGUACCAGAGUUCCACAGCUGCUUUCCUUCCGGAUCACUCAGGACUAAUCCCCGAUCAGCACUUAAUUGCACUCUGGAUCCUCGUGGCACGGCAUUUCCACCAUCUGCAAACCAGACUAUUGUUCUGUCAGGUAUUUUGUUGUACCAAAUGGACAGCAAAAACUGGUCUGAUUUUUCAUCAAUUUUUCGGAACCCGAAAGCAAAAUCUUCCCCAGGUGAAAGCCAUGAUGGAGGAGUAGCAUUGUCUGUGGCCGUGAGAGAUGAGUUCAGUUCUAUAGUACCAUUUGUGCUAGUUUGAGCAAGCGCAAAAGCUGGCAAAAGAGCAAGUAAUAAUAAAUUCAGGUGACAAAAAAGAGCAGGGGAAUAAGGCAUUGGUAAAAUCAUUUUCUCUGUUUCGUUUGGGGUCUUAAAAUCUUGUAAACAUAGAUAAAAAAGACAGAUUGACAGAAGAAGUUGCGAGGAACAUAUAUUUUCAUGUAGCGUGUUUUGACUUAUUCUCGACUUUGAUAGUUCUGCUAUUGAAUGUAGUGCUGUUUACGGCACAAAUUAUUGA